AUUGUGAGGCAACAAAUUAAGUAAUGAACUACUAUAAAACCACAUCCGAAAUAUGUUUGCAUUUUCCUGGAAAAUCCCCGUUUCGUAAACACACAUUCAACUUUCAACUGUGACCUCUUGCCGGAAUCCCACAUGGUCUGCUGUUGAUAUUCAAGAAGCAUGCCUACCGUGAAUCUUGAAAUACAGAAAAAGGGCACCAUGAGUAAAGCUAAGGAAAAGAGUGCGAAAAAAAGAGUUGCUGAAGAGGACGAUGACCAGUUCCCCAUUUUUGACAAGGACAUAGCUGAAAAGGAGAACCUGGAGGAUGAAGACGACCUCUCAGAUAGCGACGAGAGUGUUUUCUCUGGACUAGAAGACUCUGGGAGCGACAGUGAAGAGGAUGGCGAAGGAGAUGAAGAUGGGGAUGAUGAGGAUGAAGAUUGUGCCAUAAUUUCAGAUGAAAUUCUGAAGAACGACACUGUAGCUGAAACCUCUGCUAAACCAACGGCCACAGUUAAAAACACAUCUAAGCAUCAAGAUGAAAAACUAGAGUCUGCUGGGAAAAAGAACAUAAAGAAAGGCAAGGGAAUUGUCAUGGAGGACGGGGGCGAGAAAGGUCUGACCACCACCUUCCAGGGACUGACCACCACUCUGCCGGCAGACGAGUAUGACCAAGACACCUCCGACGAAGAGGACGUGCGGAACACGGUCGGCAACAUUCCUAUGGAGUGGUACCAGGACUACCCACACAUCGGCUACGACCUGGACGGGAAGAAGAUCUUCAAGCCUAUCCGGAACAAAGACGAGCUGGACGAGUUCCUUGACAAGAUGGAGAAUCCAGAUUACUGGCGUACAGUCCAUGACAAGACAACCGCCUCCGACAUCCGUCUGUCAGACGAGCAGGUGGACCUGGUGCAUCGCCUCCAGAAGGGACAGUUUGGUGAUGCCAGUUUCAAUGAGUAUGAGCCGUCUGUGGACUUCUUCACCAACGAGGUCAUGAUCCACCCAGUCACAAACAGGCCCCAGGACAAACGCAGCUUCAUCCCCUCGCUCAUAGAGAAGCAGAAGGUUUCAAAAAUGGUUCAUGCCAUAAAGAUGGGUUGGAUCAAACCCCGUAAACCCAAAGAGACCACUCCUCAGUACUACGACCUGUGGGCCAAGGAGGACCCCAACGCCAUCCUGGGGCGCCACAAGAUGCAUGUUCCCGCUCCCAAGAUGAGACUUCCUGGACAUGAGGAGUCCUACAACCCCCCGCCGGAGUACCUACUCACCGAGGAGGAGAGGCUGGCAUGGGAGCAGCAGGAUCCAGAGGACAGGAAGCUUCCAUUCCUUCCCCAGAAACACUCCUGUCUGAGGGCUGUCCCCGCCUUCUCCCGCUUCAUCCACGAGCGCUUCGAGCGCUGCCUCGACCUGUACCUCUGCCCUCGCCAGCGCAAGAUGAGGGUGAACGUGAACCCAGAGGAUCUGAUCCCAAAGCUGCCCAAGCCCAAAGACCUACAGCCCUUCCCCACCACCAUGUCCCUGGUGUACCGGGGCCACACCAGCCUGGUACGUUCCAUCAGCGCAUCGCCCACCGGACAAUGGCUGGUCUCAGGGUCUGACGACUGCACGGUGCGCUUCUGGGAGGUGAACACCGGGAGGUGCUUGAAGACUCUGGAGGUCGGUGGAGCGGUGAAGGGCGUGGCGUGGAACCCCAACCCGGCGGUCUGCCUGGUGGCCGUGUGUUUUGAAAGCACGGUGCUGCUGUUGAACCCGGCACUAGGAGACAGGCUGGUGGUUGGCGCCACGGACCAACUCAUCACCUCCUACGAACCCCCAGAGGAGGAUAAGGAGCAGGCGGUCACAUGGGCUUUGUCCGAGGGCCCGGAGCACGAUAAGGGCCACCGCCUCACACUUACCCACCCCAAAGGCGUGAAACAGGUGGUGUGGCACGGGAAGGGCGACUACCUGUCCAGCGUCAUGCCUGACAACACCAGCAACCUGCAGGUACUCAUCCACCAGGUGAGCAAGCGGCGCACGCAGAACCCCUUCCGCAAGAACAAGGGCCUGGUGCAGUGCGUGUCCUUCCACCCACUGCGGCCCUACUUCUUCGUGGCCACGCAGCGCUGCGUGCGUGUCUACAACCUCAUCAAGCAGGAGCUCACCAAGAAGCUGACGGCCAACUGCAAGUGGAUCUCCAGCAUGGCUAUUCACCCGGGAGGUGACAACCUGAUCUGUGGCAGCUACGACUGCAGACUGGCGUGGUUCGAUCUGGACCUCUCCACCAAGCCCUACAAGAUGCUGAGGCACCACAAGAAGGCCUUGAGGGGCGUGGCCUACCACAAACACUACCCCCUGUUUGCCUCUGGCGCUGAUGACGGCAGUGUGAUUGUCUGUCACGGCAUGGUGUACAAUGACCUGCUCCAGAACCCCCUUAUUGUGCCCGUCAAGGUGCUGAGGGGUCACCAGAUCACCCACGACCUGGGUGUCCUGGACGUGACCUUCCACCCCACCCAGCCCUGGGUCUUCUCCUCUGGGGCUGACGCCACCAUCCGCCUGUUCACCUAAACCGCCCCGGCGCACACCUCGUCCACGUCUCAAAUGACCGCCUGUUCCCUCUGGUGCGCUGCUUUUUACCGGAGCCGUUUGGCCAAAUUGGCACACCCUAUAGGGAUCUCUGUUGCGCCACGUUCCCUGUGUAGUGGGUGUACAGUGUGAGCUCCGGUCAAAUUCAGUGCAUCGCAUCAGGGUACCUGAAAUCAUUUGAGACGGAGGUCCUUCUGAAGUACCUGAGCACGGCUCGUUUUAUCCCGCCUGGUGCUGUCGACCCGACAGCCACACCCGAAAACAGAUUCCGACCAACAGGGACUGAUCAUUUGUUCUGCGGGUACUUCAAAAGCCCACCGGACUCCACCCGCGUCCUCCCAACUGUGAAUCCUGAAGGAGGAAAUGAAAUCAAGUGCCUGUAAUCCUAUUAUCGUGUUAGUAAUUGUCAAGGUCGGUGCCCUGUUUGUAUUUGUCCAGGAUAAGAAAACACCAAACACACAGUUUUAAUCUCCCUUUCCCCUCAGUGGAACAGAGACUUUAAAAAAGAAAAAUAUAUUGUUUCAAACAGAACCUCAAACCUGGACCGAGCAGGAAAUCCCGUUUCCGUCUUGGUUGCUGUUCUGUGCAGCUGCCUCUUAGCAGCGCAUAAGAGACGAACCACUAAUGCUCGGACACUUCGGACAGCGCCUGUAAAAAACAAUGUGCGGUAUGAUCCGAGGUAUAGCUUGCCAGUAGAAACAAUUGGAGAACAAAGCUGUUGGGGGCCCUCAGAAAUCUCCUAGAGUUAUGUGUGUAAACUCUCUGUCUCUGUGUGUAUGAAAGGGAAGUUAUGUUCUGUCAAGGUUCAGCAGAACUGGAUUACACUAGUAUGGCAACAUAUGAUUCCUUUUUAAACUUGUUUGAAUUGUAAAACCUUUCCGACUGCAUUUCUCAACGGCUCUAUAUCUGUCUGCUACAAGUAUUUCUUUUUUAAUUAAAACUGGUGUUCCUUGAA